AUGGCAAUUGAAGAAGAAAGAUUUCGUUGGAUACGAAAUAACCAAAAAAAACUCAGAUCAGACCUUUUUUCUGGUUUAAUGGACGCUAUUCAUCGUGGUGAUUCAGAUUGCUCAAAAGUGGGGAAAUCAAUUAUUUUGCCUUCGUCACACACUGGGGGACCACGAUAUAGAGUACAAAAUUAUCAAGAUGCUAUGGCAAUUUGUAAAUGGGCAGGAUAUCCUGAUUUAUUUCUUACUUUCACUUGCAAUCCAAAGUGGCCAGAAAUAAAUGAUAUGAUCCAUUUAAUAGGCCAAAAAGAUGAUAACAAUAGGGUCGAUAUCAUAUGCAGAGUAUUUGAGAUAAAGUUAUUCCAACUAAUGCACGAUCUGAAAAAAGAACAACCGUUUGGAAAGAUAAUCGCAUGUAUAUACACAAUUGAGUUCCAAAAAAGAGGACUACCUCAUGCACACAUACUACUUUUCUUGCAUUCGACAUUGAAAAAUCCUUCAGCAGACCAUAUUGAUAAUAUAAUAAGCGCGGAAAUCCCGGACUUAAAUGUUGAUCCUGAUGGUUAUAAUGCCGUCAAUAAAUUUAUGAUUCAUGGACCUUGUGGAAAACUUAAUUCAAACUCUCCAUGUAUGAUGCAAGAUAGGUGCACAAAACAUUUUCCAAAAAAAUUCAAUGAUCAAAUCACCAUCGACACAGAUGGCUUUCCAGUCUACAAAAGGAGAAAUACAGGUAUUCAUGUCGAAAAGAAAAGUGUCAUUUUAGAUAAUCGAUAUGUAGUCCCUUAUCACAGGAAUUUGGUUGUCAAAUUUGAUGCACAUAUUAAUGUCGAGGUUUGCAAUUACUCUAGAUCAGUCAAAUACCUUUUCAAAUAUGUUCAUAAAGGGUUUGACAGAACUACUGCAACAAUGGAAUCUAUUGACACUGCCAAAGAAAUAGAUGAGAUAAAAACAUAUUUGGAUUGCAGAUAUAUCUCGGCAACUGAAGCUUGCUGGAGAAUAUUCCAAUUUGACAUACAUUACAGACACCCAGCAGUUGAAGGAUUACCAUUCCAUUUACCUGGAGAGCACACAGUAAUAUUCGAAGAAAACAAAUGUGUUGAAAAUGUUGUUUGCAUACCUGGAAUAGAAAAAACAAAGUUCACUCAAUGGUUGGAGGCAAACAAGAAUUAUGAUGAUGCACUAGAGCUAACUUAUUCGGAUUUCCCUAUAAGUUGGGUUUGGAAUUCAAAGGAGAAAACAUGGACUAGGAGAAAAAAUGGAUUGGCAAUUGGAAGAAUUUACUUCGCGCAUCCUUUGAUUGGAGAACGCUUCUAUUUGAGAAUGUUGUUAAAUUUUGUCAAAGGGAGCACUUCUUAUGAAAGUAUUAGAACAAUAAAUGGGGUGACAUAUCCUAAUUUUAAAGGCGCAUGCUAUGCUUUGGGAUUGUUAGACGAUGAUAAAGAGUGGAUAGAUUGCUUGACUGAAGCUGCAAUAUGGGCAACUGGAAAAGAAUUAAGACAUCUUUUCGUCACGAUACUCAUUCACUGUCAGAAUUCUAAUGCAUCACAACUUUGGAAAUCUAAUUAUAUUGCAUUGUCAGAAGACAUAACUUCAUUACAAAGGAAGAGAUUUAUAAUGAAUGAUCUUAAGUUAACUGAACAACAAGUUGAAGCAUACACAUUGUUCGAGAUUGAAAGUAUCAUGCUGAAGAUGGGAAAAAGUUUGAAAGAUAUAGAUGGAAUGCCCCUGCCUAAUCCAUCUUUGAUAAGAGACUCGGGUAAUAGAUUGGUUAAUGAAGAGCUUGAUUAUGACCGAGAUCAAUUAAAGAUAUUGCAUGAGAAAUCAUUUGCUGCUCUAAAUCCUUUCCAAAAAUCAGCUUAUAAAGCAAUAGUACAUUCAGUAGAGAAUGAACAAGGCAAUUUAUUUUUUAUCAAUGGACAUGGUGGUACUGCAGAGUCGACUUGUGAAAUUCGACAAGGCACCAUACUAGCUGGACUUCUUAUGAAAACUUCUUUGAUUAUUUGGGAUGAAGCACCUAUGGCAAAUAAGUUCAGCUUUGAAGCUUUGGAUAAGACUUUAAGAGAUAUUCUAAGAACAAGGUUUGAAAAUAGCUCUAACAAACCUUUUGGAGGACUUACAAUAGUGUGUGGUGGUGAUUUCCGACAAAUAUUACCAGUUGUCCCAAAAGGUACAAGAGCUGAUAUUGUUGAUGCUUCUCUUAACUCGUCAUAUUUGUGGCCAUUUUUCAAAAUAUAUGAGCUCAACCAAAAUAUGAGGCUAUAUAAUGGAAGCUUGACUGGUUUUGAGGCUGCUAAAAUAGUUUCUUUUGACAAAUGGAUGUUGCAGAUUGGAGAUGGUUCAUUAUAUGAUGACAUUGAUAGACAAUUAAUUAAGCUUCCUUCUGAUAUCACCAUAAAUCCAUCUCAAGAUCCAAUGAAAUCCAUAAUUAAAGUUAUCUACCCAUCACUUUUACAAAAGUACAACGAUCCUACAUAUUUGACAGAAAGAGCAAUAUUAACACCAAAAAAUAAAAUGGUCUAUGAACUAAAUGAGAUGAUUAUGAAUAUUAUACCAGGUGAAGGGAGAACAUAUUUUAGCUCAGACAGUAUAUGCAAAGCAAGUGUAAAGACAAAUGAUGAAGAUCUUUUGUAUCCAGCUGAAUUUUUGCAUGGUUUGAAAUUUAAUGGCAUCCCUAAUCAUGAGAUGCGACUUAAGGAAGGUGCUCCUGUAAUGCUCCUUAGAAAUCUAAAUCAAACAGAAGGCCUAUGCAAUGGCACAAGAUUGAUUAUCAGGCAUCUUGGUAAAUAG